AUGUCCCUAGUUGCUCUUAAAAAUAUCUUAAAAGCUAAACUAUUUACGUCAGAUAAUGAUAUAAGUCACUCCAAUUCAGCUACUCUAAUAAAUAAUACCGAUAACAACAAUAAUAAUGUAACACAAGGAUAUGGCACCUAUCAAAAUAAUAAUAAUAAUAACAACAGCAAUAAUAUCGAUGACAUGGAACAAAAUAUAGACAAUGUUUAUACAGAUAGUUUUCUUGAUGAAAAAAUUGAAAAUAGUGGUUUUUUCAAUUCUGUCGAUCCAAGAAUGAUCAGCGAUUUAAUUAUUGGUCUAAGUGACGGGUUAACUGUCCCUUUUGCAUUAACGGCAGGUUUAUCCUCUUUGGGUGAUUCUAAAGUGGUUAUUACAGGUGGUUUUGCUGAAUUAAUCUCUGGUGCUAUAUCAAUGGGUCUUGGUGGUUAUCUUGGUGCUAAGAGUGAAAUCGAUUUCUAUAAAGCUGAAGUUAAAAAUGAAAGAAGAAAAUUUUAUCAAGAUACAACCUUAGUUAACCAUGAUGUUGAAGAUAUUUUAUUAAGUAUAAACCCAGAUUUUUCAGAAGAAACUAUAGUCUCAUUUAUAAAAGAUCUUCAAAACGCCCCUGAGUUAAUGUUAGAUUUUAUCAUCAGAUAUGGUAGAGAAUUAGAGGAACCUGCAGAAAACAGACAAGUUAUAAGCGCAAUGACCAUUGGUGGUGGUUAUCUAUUAGGUGGCCUUAUCCCAUUAUUGCCAUAUUUCUUUGUAUCUGAAGUUGGUGUUGGUUUAAUUUAUUCUAUUAUUGUUAUGACUAUUACGCUAUUUAUAUUCGGUUAUUUUAAAGCACAAAUGUCUAUGGGUAAUAAUUGUGAUACAAAAAAGAAAAUAAUGGAAGGUGUAGAAAUGAUUGUGGUUGGUGGUGCAGCUGCUGGUGCAGCCUGGUUCUUUGUUAAAUUACUAGAUUAA